GACACCUGCUGAUUCACGUCUCGGAAACAUGAAUGGACAGUCUUUGAUUGGUGGCACUGAUGACGCCCAUCACGGUCCUCUUUGGAUAGACCCUUUUGGGUCAGCGCCAGGAGGCUUCAGACGGCUAAGCUUGGUCCUGGCACACAGGUGGCAAGAACAGGAGCCAGAGGAAGAGGUAGCCAUGGAAGACAGUCCCACCAUGGUUAAAAUAGACCGGGGUGAAAACCAGAUGUUAUCAUGCCAGGGGAGAAGGCGUGGCCUCCAAGUACUUGGCUACGUCACAGGUGAUAUGAAGGAGUUCGCCAACUGGCUUAAAGACAAGCCUGUGGUGCUCCAGUUCAUGGACUGGAUAUUUCGAGGCAUAUCCCAGGUGGUGUUCGUCAGUAACCCCAUCAGUGGAAUCCUGAUUCUGGUGGGACUUCUGGUCCAGAACCCCUGGUGGGCUCUCUGUGGUUGUGUAGGAACUGUGGUCUCCACUCUGACAGCCCUCUUGCUUAGCCAAGACAGAUCAGCAAUAGCAGCUGGGCUCCAGGGUUACAACGCCACCUUGGUAGGAAUACUCAUGGCUGUCUUCUCCGACAAGGGUGACUAUUUCUGGUGGCUGCUAUUCCCUGUAUCUGCUAUGUCUAUGACUUGCCCGGUUUUUUCCAGCGCAUUGAGCUCGCUGCUCAGCAAGUGGGACCUGCCCGUCUUCACUCUCCCUUUCAACAUGGCUUUGUCGCUGUACCUUUCAGCCACAGGACACUACAAUACGUUUUUUCCAAGUAAACUCUUCACACCUAUCAGCGCUGUGCCCAACAUCACGUGGUCUGAGCUCAAUGCCCUUGAGCUGUUGAAGUCCCUUCCCACGGGAGUUGGUCAGAUAUAUGGCUGUGACAACCCAUGGACAGGGGGCAUUUUCCUGUGUGCCAUCCUGCUUUCCUCCCCACUCAUGUGCCUGCACGCUGCUAUUGGAUCACUGUUGGGCGUCAUCGCAGGGCUCAGUCUUGCAGCUCCGUUUGAAGACAUCUACUCUGGGCUCUGGGGUUUCAACAGCUCUCUGGCCUGCAUUGCAAUUGGAGGAAUGUUCAUGGCACUCACCUGGCAGACCCACCUCCUGGCUCUUGCCUGUGCCCUGUUCACUGCCUACUUCGGAGCCUGUAUGACAAACCUGAUGGCUGUGGUUCACCUGCCAGCUUGUACCUGGUCCUUCUGUUUGGCCACACUACUCUUUCUCUUGCUGACCACGAAAAAUCCCAACAUCUACAGGAUGCCCCUGAGCAAAGUUACCUACUCAGAGGAGAACCGCAUCUUCUACCUACAGAACAAGAAAAGGAUAGUUGAAAGCCCUCUGUAAGAGCAAUGCCACCCAACAGCUGUGGUCCUGAGUCAGUUCUAAGUGCAGCUCUAGUUGGCUUUCCAGGUUCUCCGCAAUUGCUUUUCUUCACUGAGAACAACUUCCAUACUCUCAGCAACCCGCUCUCUUGCUUGCUUCGUGUUUUUCUUUUUGACUGUAUAUAAUCAAUCAUAUGAGAGUCCUGUCCAGGUGAUGUUCUCUGAAAAGGAAUUUAAACCCCCGCUGUGCAUUGGGGGUCAGCAGGAGUAUCACUCAGACUGUAAUGUAUUUAUGAAGUCAAAAUGUUUCAACAGAAAGGAGAAAUGGAAGCAGCAACAAUUAUUGUUAUUUAAAGCUAUCUUUGAUGUCAGUAUUAAAACUCAAGCUCUGUAAACCAUGUAAGCCUUUCAGAAUUCACAGGCACAAAAACAAAGCAGCCCAGAGUUGGAAUCAGUGCAAGUUACUCAUAGCAACAGGGUCCAACAUUGCAGUGGGUCAGGUUGACCAAAGCGCUGGUCCCCAGCUCACCAGCAGACUAGUGAUGUCCUCUUAAUGAGAAUGGUUAGCUUUUUUUUUUUCUAAGCUGACUAAGCUGUGGGAAGGACUUUGUUGGUCAAAAUAGUUUUGCAUUGCCACACUCAGAAUUUACAAAAUCUGGUAGAGUUUAUUUAUUCUUUAUGAAAAUAUUAUUUCUCCACUGAUAUAUGUUUGCAGCCAGCCAGUUUUUAGACAUUUAAGUAAAAUGUAUAAAUGCAUAGAAUACUUAGCAUACUUGCUUUUGCUUUAUAUACUUGCUUUAAUGUGUGUGUGUGUGUGUGUGUGUGUGUGUGUGUGUGUGUGUGUGUGUUUUGAGGGAGUGUUUGACAUAGGGCUUUGCUAUGUAGCCCAGGCUAGCCUAGAAUUCAGCAUCUCUGUUUCCAUUCCCUAAGCACCAGAGCUAUGUGUUGGAUUUUUAAGUGCUUCAAAUAUAAGGCAACUUCAACCUCAAUAGCCUUUUGAAGCCACAGUUUAAUGAAUCUGAGGAUAUCAUCUCAACACCAGUGGCUAAGCUGCACUCUCAUGGUCUUUUUGAGAGUUCUUUAAUUUCUUUCUUUCUUUAUUUCUUUCUUUCUUUCUUUCUUCCUUCCUUCCUUCCUUCCUUCCUUCUCCUCCUUCUCCUUUUCUUUCUCCUUCUCCUUCUCCUUCUUCUUCUUUUUUGUUUGUUUCUUUAAUUUCUUUUUUAAGGCAUUAUUUUCUGCACACUAAUGAUCUAGUUAGCAAACUAAUGAUACUGGAACCACCUUACAGAAAUACAGAUAGAGAAUUCUCCCGGUUUUUUUUUUUUUUAUAUAAAUUUUUAAUUUAAAAGUUGUGGUUUCUGUAAAACUUCUAUGACCAAACUUGCUGACGAGGACAGCAAAUAGCUUCACCCACAGCCUGCUGCCUGUCCAGUGAAAUUUAUUAUUGGGGGGGGUUUGAAAAGUGAAAAUUUUAAAUCCUCAAGAUUUCCUUUUUUCUGUCAAGUAUGUUGCUCGUGCCUGAAAUCCUGGCACUAGGGAGAUUGAGGUAGUAGGAGCACAAGUUUAAGAGCAGCCAGCGUGGACUAUACUGAAUGAACCUAUCCCCAAAACCCAACCAAACAAAAACAAACAAUUCCCCACUCUUUCAAUAGUCAGUGUUAACCAGGCAGUAGUGGCGGGAGGCAGGAGGAUUUCUGAGUUUGAGGUCAGCAUGGUCUACAGAGCGAGUUCCAGGACAACCAGGGCUACACAGAGAAACCCUGUCUGGAAAGCUGAAAGCAGAAAGUAGUGCUGAGAAGACAGUCUGCAGCUUGCCGGAUGGCUGAAGUCGACUGUAGAGCAGACGCCUUCGGGAUCCGGCCAUGUUCCCUCUUCUCAGGAGACAGAAAAAGAUCUGUGAUGAUUUAAAGUCUUGUGAUCAGGGCUGGGGCGAUGGCUCAGUGGUUAAGAGCGCUGUCUGCUCUUCCAGAGGUCCUGAGUUCAAUUCCCAGCAACCACAUGGUGGCUCACAACCAUCUGUAAUGGGGUCUGUUACCUUCUUCUGGCAUACAAACAGAACUAUACUAUAAACAUAAUAAAUAAAUCUUAUUUUAAAAAUCUGGUGAUCAAAGCCCUUCAAAGCCACGGAUUUGCAAUUGUCAUGGAUUCCUGAGUUGUCCUAUAAAAAAAUCUGGAUUUCCAGUGUUUGAGCUGAAAUUCACCUGUUUGGAGUUUGGAGUAAACCUUGGGGACAGCAAGAAGUAAGGUGUACGCUAAGACGCCCUCAGAAGUGAAGAGGCUGGAGCCCACUGAAGCAUCUACAGAGCAACUGUGCCUGUCCCUGCACCAAAGCUCCAACUCACCUAAGGCAACGCUGUCUCAGAUCUGCAAACGGGGACAGGCUGAAACCUUCUAUAUUGUUUUAUUUAUGUAAUAUUAGUGUCUUCACGGUAUUUUGUUACUAAGUAUUAUUAUAAAGUUAAGCAAAAACUCUUAGGGGUCAUUUGUACUUUUUCCCCCUAUUGUCUGCAUAACAGAUUCCUGUGUAAACAUAUGAAUAAAUUAUAUUAACAGCUCAG